UUAGCCUUCAGAUCCAAAAGAGGCGGAAAAUGAAACAGAGUCCGAAAAUCACAUAUUGGCUUCUUACACCAUUCCAUUAGGCCCAUUAAUGACCAGGCGGCCCCGAAAGACCACAAGUCGGCCACGGCUGUUGAUUGUAGAUCCCUUUCCAAUGUGCCAUUAUUAUUGGAAUGAGUACUGCAAUGAUGCGUUCAAUUAUUUACUCGAGAUCGAGUCACGGUACGAUCGGUACAUGUACAUGGCGCCGGAUUCAACUUUCAGUAUCGACCGACAAGCUCUUGUUCUUUGGGUUAUUGGGAUCUGUUACCGUGAAUUCGACUAUCAACGAUCCACUGUUCAUGCUGCUAUUCAUAUAAUGGAUCGGUAUCUGAUCGCCAAAGGCUCGGAAUGCACAGUGGAGGAUCUUCAGGCUAUUGGAAUUUGUGCUAGCAUGAUUGCAGGCAAACUGGAUGAAACCGCUUGUGCUGUCAAUGUUGAACGUUGCCUAAUAUUCUGUAAUUUUUACACAAGUAAACACCUUGCGAAAACCGAGUUGGCUAUUCUUGUCGCACUCAAGUUUGAAAUUUUGGUGGCCAGUGCCACAGGGUUUGCGGAUUUUUUUAAGCGUGCUGUCCCCGCCCUACCUGAGGUUUCUGCGCUGUUCGAUUUCCUUUGCGAUAUCAGUCUGCUUUCCAGCAAGUUCCUCGACUACAAUACGUCACAGAUUGCAGCAUCUGCCAUGUGGAUUGCUCUGUGCGCUGCACACAAGGAUUGGAACGAAAAUCUGGCGAUCUUUACAGGCUACAGUCGGAUCGAUCUUACGCCAUGUUCAAUGAUAUUUAAGGAGUUGGUUGAAUCUCUUCAUGGCAACCUAAACCUACAAAACAAGUUACAAAUCGCUCUUGGCUCUCAGUACCCCUUGGCACCUUACCUUCAAACGCUAAACAAGGUUCUUGAGUGCUGAGUGCUGAGUGCUGAGUGCUGAGUGCUGAGUGCUGUGAGAGCCUCUUAUAAAUAAAGUAAUUUAAGAGUGUAUAUCCUUAUUUGCUUUAAAUAUGCACUAAAGGGAAGCAAGACACUCGAAGUUAUAUAAAGCAGCAUAAGAUGGAUCACAGACACAACACUUGUUCUGAGGUUGAAGAUACGAUAUCAUCACAACUUGGUAAGAUGCGAAUAUGUUGCUCCGAUAAUUGAUCACCGUGCCUCUGUGAAACAGUAUCUGA